AUGCAUGAACCUAUUACAAAUCUACUCUCAUCUCAAUCAACUAUGGUUGAGAAAGUGGUUCAUGACGAAGAACCUAAUGAUGAUGAUAUCAUGGUGUCAUUUGCUGAUCUUCAAUUUGAUCCCAAGGAGGAGAAUGUUCCUGAUAACUUAAUCAUGUCAGAAAGGUUAGCGUUUCAUUCCAAGAGAUAUGACUAUAAGAUUCAGAAGCUUCGUGAUGUUGAAAAGGAACGUCAUGAACUCUUUGUCGAACAAGUGGCUACAAUGAAGGAGUCUUUGGAUCUCAAAAUUGUUGAACUCAAAUAUGAGUUGUAG